AGGGGUAUUUUAAUAUAUCGGAGAGCAUUUAAGCGAGUCAAUCUGGUUUUUCCCUGUGUUUACGGUGUUUUGGAGUAUUCAUACACCAAGCAAUACUUGGAAAAAGUAUUAACCUCGUCUCUUUUGUUGCUGCUAUUGGUACUAAAGUGUAACAGUUUUGGUGCAAAAUUGUAAGUGCAGAUUGGAUUAUUUGUUUGAGUCUGUACUAAUGUUGAAGUCGACGUUCAGUUCAAUGGUUGAUUUCUAGCACUGAAAUUGAUCAUGUGGAGACAAAAUCCGAAUCGUUUUAUGUAGCUCCAACAUAGCUCCAAUUCAAAUUCUCAUGUUCAGCUUAACUUAUACAACUAGAAGUACUAUCAUUCAAUUCAGCUGGUGUAUAAUUACUAGAUCUUGGUCUGCUCCUCCGUAGUCUUCUAGCAUUCGACCAACCAUGACCAUUUUCCUCAUCAUUUUCGAGUAUUUCUUGAAAGGUGGAGGACAAUCAGAGGAGGCUUCUGCAGUAGAGAGUGAGUUGCUACCAGUAGUGAAUAUUUUCGCUGCCCGUCUCUUUUUUAUUGCGUAUUCCCUCCAUGUUUUGCUCUGUUUCUUUGUUUUUGUCGGGAGAUUGUAUGCUCGAAGUAGACGAUUGAGGCAACUUGUAAUAGCAAAUGGCGGAGGUGCAGCUGGAGACCGAACUACUUACGGCUUCAUUUCCUUUCCUUAUAGACCAUCUAAAAUCGAUUUUGAGAUGAAGCAGCCGCAUCUUGAAGCUGCUGUCCUCCUCGGGCUUGAUAGAGUCGUUUAGAUGAGAAUAAAUAGCACCAAGAUGCAUCUGCUCAAGAUGGAUAUUCGUUUCCUACUCUAACAAAUGCAAGAGCUAAACUUCUACCUUAAUCGGCAGAGUCCUGCUACCCAGGCAGCUCCAGGAGCUGUCGAUCAGGCUACUUUGAUGGCGGAGUUGGACCUCACGGUUUCGAUAGUGACCAUCGUAGCCUGCGUUUCUUCUAUCAUUGCCUCCCUAGUGUCGCCAGUCCUUGGCGUCAUUGGCUGCCUCUGCGGCUGUCUUUUGUCGCUCAUUCGUAUCGAGACGGUCGCGCAGUUCGUUCUCGACCUUGUUUUGUGCAGGAAACGGGUAACGCUCGCAGUUUACUCGGGCAGGAACAAUAGCGGAGAAGGGGGACCCGGGAGAUCCUUAUUGGACAUGUCGUUUUUCCGUAACACGACCGGUUCAUCCGCUCGUGGCGUUCGAGGUGAGGGCGAGGCCACAGGGCCGCGUGCCGCUCGUCGCGGACGCGAGUUGCACGACGACAGACGAGAUGCCACCUCCGACUCGUUCGCUAAACGCCGUCGUCGUCUCCAACUACCUAGUUCUCAAGAUGAUCCUGCGUCGUGGGAAGAAGCGGGUGCAGAUGUCGCUAGUCCAGGAGGAAGGGAGCCGUCCGAAACUGAGCAACGGCGUUUUCAAAUGUCGCAACUAGCUGUGCUCAAAGCGACUUUUUGUCACCUAGAGAAGAUGCCUGCUUCUGCUUCAUCCGACAAGAACUGCUCAAGCGCAUCGACGAUGCCCAACACUUCUACGGUGAUGAACAAUUAUAGCCAAGAUCUUGCAUUGCAAGUUCAUCAAGCAUGCGAACAAAGCGUAGAGGUUCCAAGCGACGUGUUGAUACAGAACGUUAUCUGCGCGUUUCUGGCUGUUGAAGACGUUGUGGCCUUAGGCUGUACAUGCAAGUCUCUGCAGAAAGGAGUGCUGCAAAAUCGCGAUGUCUGGCUUGGGUUACUCCACCGUGACUUUCACGACCAGGGAGACCAAUGCCUCUACAACUACGGACGAAGUAACCUGAUUCAUGGGUGUUGUGGUAUGUCGAGGAGACUUUUAGCUGGAGAUGAAAAUGAAUUAGAUGGAGUAGAGCAGUUGGGAUCGAACUACACUUGUUUCAACAAAGCUGGGACGAAGUCUAGUUCGGCAUUAUGCUUGUACCUGCCACAGGAUCAAGCAGCGUCUUUGAUUAUCGAGCCUUUUGCCGAAGGUGAAAAUCGUGAAGAUCAUGCUGAUGCUGAUGGCAAGCCUGGUACCAAAGUCGUUGAACAACCGCGAAAGCCAGCCUCCGGUGCCUGGAACAGCGUGCAAGAAUUGCAAGAAGUUCGUGCUUUGCUUGAUCCCUUCGAGCCGGUCCUCUUAGGCCGCGAGCGCGCGGAAAUUCUAGCCCCAGACGAGGACGAAGGAGAGCCAGCCUUUCCCGAGAGCGAGUCCGGCGACGAAGAACUGGAUGUAGACGAUGAGCGGCUGCGUGCUAUCCGUAAUUUCUUCCUGCGUUCGGAGGUGGAUAAUGACGAUGACGAAGACCGUCCACGCAUCGUGCAGCCCGUUGAUCUCCUCCAGUUUCUCAUUCGCUCCACGCGCGGAGGAGGAGGCGAUGGUCCGCCGAGAGCAAGGCAGCAGGAAGGGGAAACAACGGCUGCGGCUCGAACCAGUGCACCGGCUGCAGGCUCUGGCCGACUUUCGGGUAGUGCAGGCGACCAAUCGAGUGCCUCUGCUGCGCGUCAAGAGGAUAGCGAUAGCGAUGACAUGGCUGCUUUCGCGACGUACUUCGAUCCCAGUGGCGAGCGAUCAAUGAGUGACAACAACGACAGGAGCAGGAGGGCUCGAGGCAGUCAAAACAGGACAACUAGAACUAGCAACAGUCCUGCUCAACAAGUAGAAGCCAGAAGGGAAGAAGCUAGAAGGGAUGAAGCCCCUAGCCGAGGAGCCCAUAGUACCGAGAGUGGCAUCGAUCCCCUCGCGCGGCUAUCGUCAGGAUCCUCUUCUUCAGCGGUUGGUGGAGACUGGUUCUACAAUCUUGGAAACACUUCUCCAGCAGAUGCAGUAGAUGAUAUUUUUAUUGAGGCUUACACAAAUUCAUCCUGAAAGGCAUCUUUGGCACAUUUUGAAGGGGAAAAAAGGUCAAUGAUGUAAGUACUUCAGGAUGAAUAUUUGGAAGGUCUAAUUUUAACAAUCCACCCUCGAUGGUCCAAAUGCUAUCCUCCGACAACUACGGUGGUAGUCAGCUGGAUGUUGAGAAUGAACAAAUGACCGCAGCUGCUCGAGAGGUCAGAGGGGAAGGAGAACUUGUCCCUGCGGCCGCGGAGGAGAGUCAAGAUAGACAAGAGGGAAACGAGAGCGACCAUGAGAUAGAGCUUCGUCAGAUAAUGGAAACAUCAAAUGAGGGAAUCGAUUCAUCAAGCCAUGGCGAUAUCAAUGGAAAUGAAAACGUUGCUGACGAAAAUGAAGCUGGUGCUGGCCGUUCUGACGGACGUGGUAGCGUUUGUGCGGCUCCGGGCCUCAAGGCGAUUGGAGAAGCGACAAGUGCUGGCUCUGUCAUUCCGGCUACCUUCUCUGCGCAGAGUUCCACAAGCCUGGUGGCAGCAGCUUCGCCGGAGACGAGUGCAAUUCGCCCACCAGAGGCGAUUGUUUCGUCAUUUGAUUCAGUGCGGUUGCAGACUGAAAGUAGCUUCAAAAAAACUCCUGCUUCUAGUUCUAGCCUUACUGCACCCUGCCCGAAGAGUAAUCUCGAUGCAAAAAGAGGAGGUAAAAAGAACAAAGGCAAUCUGGAGAGGACGCCGAGUUCUAGCGACGUAGACAGCACGUUUAUCUUGUCCAGUGAGUCUCCUCCAAAAGACGUUUAUCAUGUCGUUGAGAGUGGUAUCGAACUGGGAGAAGAUUUUGAAAAUGCGAAUGAAAUACUGGACGCCAACAAGAACAGUGAUGGUAGCCCGGGAAACAACAGCAAAGGAGACGGACCCCACCAGGUGGAGGCGACCGAAAAAGCUCAAAACGGCAAAAAGAUAGAUGUUGCGCUUGUGGAGGCGCCUAAAAUUCCGGAAGUUGUGCGUAACAUUGAAGUCGAAGCCAAUUCGACCGGGUCCAACCAUCUCGGAGCUUCUUCAUCAUCGGAUUUUGCCGAGGUAAGCGAGGUUGUCAAAACCACCUCUCAGGAUGAAGAUGUUGAUGUUGAGUUUGAAGCGCGAUGUCGCGCCGAGUCUAAGCUUUUGCGGGAUAUCUACCUGCACAACGAGCGGAUAGACCGGAGCGAAAGGCUUUUUGUGCGGCAGGUUCGCAACCGCGGUUUUCGUGAGCGUGAGGGACACGUGAUGUUUUCGGCUUUGGGCGGUCGUCUCUUCGCGUGGUCCGGCUUCACGAACCAAAUGCCGCUAUUAGCCACAGAGCCGCUUGGGCGCUCGGUUCUGCCAUCUGCGUCGCUGGCCCUGCGCUGGAAGCCGGUGGAGACCAGCACAGUGCAAGCUUCUGCACCGACCCCGCGCAUGCACUACGGACACACCUGCGUCGUCCUCAAGGACAACGGUCGGGACGCCUGCGAAGUCCUUAUUUUCGGAGGCUUCCUAUCCGGCGGCUACCACAAUGCGAGUCCAGACUUUUUGUUGUUGAAAAUAUUCGGCGAACAAGUAGAAACGGAUGCCGUAGGUGUUGUCGCGAACGGGGUACAUCCGGAGCAGACGAUGAGGUAUUCCGAAGAACGCCAGCCCUUGUUAAGUUCUGGGUCCUCUGGGGACCAGGAGUCAUCGUCAUCUUCUUCUAGUCCAGUAGUUGUAGGUACUCCUUCAGGUCGAGACAGUGACCCACAGGAGGAACAAGGUGUCGAAGCGGAAACGGGGGAUGAUGCUCCACAAGAAGUAGAUCAUGCUUAUGGUGAAAGGGACGUCGAAGCAGAAACCACCAGCACCAGUGCAACUAAAGGAGAAGCAGGAAGAACUACAGAGCGCGAAGUAGAGAAGAAAAAAGCAGUCUGGAAGCUACGCUGUACAUGGGAGGUCAAGACACAAGAUGUUAUUUCUGUAGCCUCAAAUCGAGCAUUUCUUCCACGCGCAUACUCAGCUGCCGUCGCGCUACCGGAGGAUGGUGUGGGGUCGACAGUGCGGCAGAUUCUUGCUCAGCACUCUAGUAAGCGGGAAACCACACAGGGUCGUGGGGGUGGAUCUUCUGUGCCGAACAGUCCCCAGUCUCGGAGAGACAGUGGCAGUCCGGCCUCUCUCAAUAGUGCUCUUAGACAAUCCAGUCGACCUAGCAGUCCUCCAAACAACAUGGAAUCCAACAACAUGUACUCACCUUCGUCCGUUGUCCAGCAAGACCAGUCUUUAUUAUGUGAAAAACAACAGCAGAAUCCCAUGGUUAUGAUGUUCAGUGGUCUGACGGACAUGGGGGUCGAUGAAGUGGUAGCCUUUUUGUGCACCGAGACCUGGCGCCUGUAUGGACCAUUCAACCAAGGUAACGUUCUCGAGCUGGAACGAGCGGCCCAGGAUUGCAACCUGAAGAUGUGGCCAGGUAGUUUGCUCGCAAAAAAAUAUGGUUCGUCACCUCCACAGACACAGACACAACCAAGUAGUACUAGUUUAGCUUCACCACCCGCUAUUUUUACGGAAGAUCAUGCCACAAGCACAGCUGCUGAAACAGGAUUUUUUGAAAUAAAUGCCGCUCUUUUUCCCGACGGGAAGAGUGAAGCUCGGGACUGCGACACUGCCAGCAACGUUCUGACGACUAGUUGGAAUAUGAAGAGAAGUGAAGAUCAAGACCAAGAAGAGGACAGUACAAGUUCUAGCGGCGAAGACGAGGAAUUCUUGAGACCAUGGGAAUUUUCAGAUAUUACGGGUAGGCUAAAGGUGUUCCGCCCUACUUUUAUAGCGUUCGGUUUGCCUUUCUCACACGGGGGAAAGGCAUAACGAACGGGGUAAGCCAACACCAAAAUCCUACCUCUAAAGAUAGCCGCGUUUUCCGCUCACGUAAGCGCAGGCGUGUGGUUGUAACCCCGCGAACAAAGCAAGAAGGGGAAGCGUCUUGUUCGAAUAGAACCUCCUCCACUAGUAGAAGUAUAUUUGAAGAUGGCAUUCGUCCAAUGCAUGAUCCGACCAUGCCAAGAACUACAGAGGGCAAAAGAAAUGAGGCUACUACGAACGCUGCCACUGUUCAAGAUUUUACUUUGUCAGAGGAGCUGCAUCAAGGCAAUAACUCGAGUACAAACUUUGGCAUGUUGUAUGAUGCUCCUUUCGUAGACGCACAUACAUCAACAACCAGACACCAAACUUUUUCGACUGUUCCUCCGAACACCGUUUCCGGCGGUAUGAUGUGGCCUUUGGGUCGUCUGGGUCACUCGAUGACGCUCGACGGCGAUGAGGUCAUAGUGUUUGGCGGUAGCACGGGUCGAGAUCUGUUGCGAUCAGGGAACGACUGUUUCGGCCACGAGCUGUGGAUCUUCUGCCUGUCAACCAUGAAGUGGCGUUGCAUGUCUUCGCCUGCGCUUACAAACGGCACAGCUUUGAGGCAGCGGAGGCUAGAGGCGCAGAAAGCCUUUUUACAAGUGUCCUCCUCGUCUUCAUCGACUACUGGUCGUGGUCGUGCUAAACUAGAUCAUGUUAUAGGAGGUGAUCCUGCGACAGCGAGGGAUGAAGAUCUUCUCAGCGAGCCUCCAGAGGAGAGAUCAACAUCCAGAACACGAGCUGGUGACUCGACCACCUCUUCUGCCUCGGGAACAACUGGAACAGGUGGAACCGGAACCAUGCCUAGAGGACCAUCAGCAACCAGAAUAGAAUUAAGGCUCCCUCAAGAAUUUUGAUUGGUCACCUCGCUCCAUAAUUUAGGUUACUAGAGAGUCACUGAAAUCGAAGAGGGCCCCCUUGAGAGAACAGGGGAAAAGUGAGAGAAAACAAGUAGAGAAAUGUGGGGUCCCUCCCGUUCAGAGUCAGUGACCAGUGACUGCUGAUCUCUAAUAGAAGGCACAAAUGCGCUGGACACUUUUGGCGGUGGUACUCCGGUCUUAGGCAGAGCCCAUAUGGCUGCGAGGGUAGCGAAUACCAUUGUUUUCUUCGGUGGUGGCCGCCACGUUUCGCGGGAACUCGUAUGCUUCAACGUGCGAAAGCGAAAAUGGGUUGCGCCAGAAAUGCAAGUAAGGGACGAAACAGGAGCGUACCAUAACCCAGCUACAGAAGGCUAUCCAUUAAGGCUCAUCUGCAAUACUAGAUUAAAUCAUUUAUGUACUUAGUUACUUAACCUCCUCCCAUAGCAGGAAGUUAUUGAUUCCCCCUUAUUUUUGUCUUAGAGGAGGUGUGCUGCAAAUCUUGAUUGGCUUUCACCUUUUAGGUGAAGGUUUAGCUUUAGGUCCCGCGACGCUCAAAGCACUAAGUAAAACAACCGGCUCUUUUUCACCUCCACAAUCUUAGACUUAUCCCCUGCAACAAUAUAAAUGUUGAUUUUCAAUGAGUAUUUCUUGAACUUCUUCGAUCAUGCUUCUGGAUCUUACUCUUAACUUCAAUUAUUUAGAAGACAAAAAUUUUUCACGACUUGGCAAAUGACUGUGGAUCAUUGAGAUUAACACUCACUGUAGAUUAACGGCUGCAUGCUUCCUCAUCUUAUAUAGUCUUUCUCUUGGGAGCUCUAAUUCUUUAUCCGAGAGGCUGUCUGUCUGGGGCUGCAGCGGCAGUGUUGGAUACCGUCUUCGUAGUGGCUGGCUGGCAGAACAGUGGCAGUUGCAACAAUGUGAUCGCACUACGCUUUGAACCCUUUCAACCUUGAGAAUGCUGGAUAUUAAUAUUUGAUAUUUCUAUGAUGUUUCAUGUUAUCUAGACACGAGCACGACCGAUCUUCCAGGUUUCCCUAAUAGUAUUUUUAGCUUCUCGACGACUGAUGUUGAGUAUACUAGGUAGACGGAAAAAUGAGAUAGCUAAAGUUCGGAUUGGCUUGUUCGAAGAAUCAUACAUACGGUGUUUUUUUUGGUUAAGAUAGAGUCGUUCGUUCAUAGUUCGUUGUGAUUGUGCAGAAUUUCUUGACACGACGGUUUGAUUUGCGCGCAAGUUUACUAGUAAAUAUCCGCUCUGGUAGUUCGUUGUAUCUUUAGUUCCUUGGUUUUUAACUAAGUAGUUUUUUUGUGCUAUGACUUCGUUCCCUUCUCCUCAGAAAGCUAGUGAAAAGUAGGUUCAUUCUCGAUGAUUCAACAAUCCCCGUCGACGUCCUCGUCAGUGAAAAUAACAGCUCACUCAUGCCGACGAUAGUGUAAAAUCAAUAUCUAGAGCUGCACUUUACUGUCGCUGCAGGUUUUGACACCACCUAUAAUCAAAUAUAUAAAAGCCUUUCCUGAUUUUUUUCCUCGAUGAUGAAUGAAAUGGAAAUUCUUGUUACGACUCGUCGUUCCACAUAAGAGUGGUUGAUUCUCAUCGCAUGCUCGCAUGAACAGCGCGCAUCAAGAGAGAUGAGUCGUUUUAUGCGCAAGAAGAGAUGACAAAUAUUUAUACGUGAUGGAUUUUCAGCAAAAAGAAACACUCUAGAAAGGCUAGCAUCUAGAUCUUGAUGUGGAUGAUCACAACAACAACAUAUCCUUGAA